AUGAGCGAUGGAGGUCAAGCUGAAGAGGAGACGGAUAACGCGAACCACUCAGUCGCUCGAUCUGGCGCCGGAAGUUACAGCCGGGAGAUAGCAAGAAUUGCAGCGGCUCAGAUAUGCGAAGCCAUAGGGUUUGAAGGGUUCAAGGAGUCCGCUCUCGAUUCCCUUGCCGACAUUGCUAUUAGGUACAUUAGCAACUUAGGUAAAGUUUCCAAAUUCCAUGCUAAUUUAGCCGGUAGGACAGAGUCCAAUGUGUUUGAUGUGGCCCAAGGGCUGGAAGACUUAAGCUUGCGCUCGGCUGUUGUAACCGAUAUUAAGCAUUAUGUUGAAACUUCCCAAGAGAUCCCAUUUGCUCAACCUGUCCUGCAAUUUCCGGUGGUCAGAGAACAAAAAGUGUUACCUAGUUUUUCGCAAAUAGGCGACUCCCCGAGUUUCAAGCACGUUCCGCCAUGGCUGCCGGAGCUCCCGAACCCACACACGUAUAUACAUACGCCCGUGUGGAAUGAGAGGGUUUUAGACAUCCGUGAGGAUAAAAUCGAGCUCGCCAGGCAGCACAGGAAGGCCGAGAGGUCUUUGUUGAGCUUGCAGCAGAGGCUUCUGUGUAAUGGGUCAUCUUCUUCCUUGGCUGGGGGUAAAACAGGUAACCUGUUUUUGGCUAGCCCUCUGCAAACCGGGGAGAAGAAGGUCUCUUUGUUGAAUAUGUUUGCUCCUGCUAUUAAGUCGAUGAGGAAUGGCAGUCUUGACUCGGGGAGUGAUGGGGAGAAGAUUGUUUUCGAACGGAGGAGGGGUAAAAUGGUCUUUGGCGAGAUGUUGGAACUGAGGAUUCGGAAUAAGGCGGAGUCUUGGUUCGGGCGGGAGGAUGAGAGGGAUGAUAAAAGGAGGAGAGUUGAGUUUAUACUCCGGCAGUCCUUGGAAAACCAGCAGGAGCUUCCCGGGUUGUAA